GGCACUUGCCUCUUCACAUCUUUCCCUGUAGUCAUUCAGCAAAAGCAGGGAAGCAUAAACCAUGGGGAGGCCAAAAUCCAAGGCUGGAGCCUUGGGGCUAAGGGUGCAGUUUGGAUAGGUUGUGGUUCUAGGAGUGGGUCUCAAGAACAUGUUUGGAGGCCCAGGAGCCCUGCGGGGCCGAGUAGAGGAACUCAAACGGCCCUGGUGGCGAGAGGCCCUACCCCUGGUCCUGAAGCACAGUGAAGCCGCCCGGCUGGCUGCAGACGCCCUCCUAGAACAUGGGGAGGCUGCCUAUCUUCGAGUCAUUGCCGAGGAACGGGAGCUGCCCUUCCUUUCUACCCUGGACCUUGACUAUAUGACCCAGCAUGCUCGUGGAGGUCCUGAGAUUGGGGACAGUGGUGAGAGUGGAGAUAGAAAUGGCAAGGCAGGCCCCCAGACCUCUGGCACUGCUGACCGGCUCAGCCUCAUCUCUCAGGCCACCUCUGGCACCUACUUCCCAGCAGCAACAGAUGCUGAGCCACCUGCCCUGGACCUGGGCUGGCCUGACGUGCCCCAGGCCACAGGCUUCAGCCCCACACAAGCUGUUGUUCACUUCCAGAGGGACAAGGCCAAGAACAUCAAAGACUUACUGCGCUUCCUCUUCAGCCAAGCCCGCACGGUUGUGGCUGUGGUAAUGGAUGUAUUCACAGACAUGGAGCUGCUCUGUGACUUAAUGGAGGCUUCAGGCCGUCGUGCUGUACCUGUUUACCUGCUGCUGGCUCAGGACAACUUGCACCACUUCCUGGAGAUGUGCUACAAGAUGGAUCUCACGGGGGGCCACCUGCCGAACAUGCGUGUGCGGAGCAUUUGUGGGGACACCUACUGCAGCAAGGCAGGACGCCGCUUCACAGGGCAGGCGCUGGAAAAGUUUGUCAUCAUUGACUGUGAGCAGGUGGUGGCUGGGAGCUACAGCUUCACAUGGCUCUGCAGUCAGGUUCACACCAGCCUGGUGCUGCAGCUUCGGGGCCGCAUUGUUGAGGACUUCGAUCGAGAGUUCCGCUGCAUGUUUGCUGAGUCUCAGGCUGUGGAGGGCUUCUCUGGUGGCGAAGAGGAUAUCUUGGCUCCUCGGGCUCCCCGCCCACCCCCACCUGCCCUGGCUUUUGAGUCAGGCCUCCCUAGUUCUCCAUCUAUCUCACCAAUUGGCCCUAGCCUUGGCAGUAUCAAAUGUUCCCCCCUUACAAGCUCUUCCUACUGUGGGCUACCUGGAGGUGGUGGCAUUGGCUUCAGUGGUCUCAUAGCCUCUGGUUCUCCUGGUCCUGGCCGGCGCCAAGCCAGUGGUCCCUUUCCCCUGCACCGACGAUUGUCAGACCCCAACCACAGCCCAACCACAGCCUAUCGACCCAGCCUAGGCACGCUGGGGACAGCUCCUUGGGCUCAGUCAUCGCCAGCCCUCAAUCAGGAAGGGCUAGGGCUGGGGCUUGGACCAGGGUUAGGGAGCCCUCUGUUUUCUCGCCAGCUCCACCUUGUGCCCCUUCCUCGGCUUCCAGAGAAUGGGCUCACCCAUAGCCAGGAGCCCGGCAUACCCAGGGGCUUCUGUGGAAUGCCUACACUAGUCCCAGAAGCAAGUCAGAAGCCAUCACAGGAGAGGAAGCCAUCCCCUCCCAGCCACAACUAUGGACGACUAGACCUCCUGCCCAGGGGUUCUCAGACACCCGAUUCUGGGAACCCAGGCUCUGGGGACCACGAGCAGUCUACUGACCAGAGACGGCCAACUUUGGGCCAACUGGACCUUGUAGCUAAAUAUGGCCCAUUCCGGAUGGAGGGGGCAGGGCCAGUUAGGAUCUCUACCCCAGACACCACGGGCAGGGCCAAGGUGGCCUCCGAAGAUGAGAAGCGACUGACCCUGGGCCACAGCAAGUUGGACCUCAUCACCAAAUACCACAGGCUACAGGGGGUAAAAAGGAGCCCAGACCCAGGCGUCCCUGGCAUCCCCAAUGUCCCUAGCCCACGGCAAUCUGUUGUUUCUGGUGUACCUAUUGUUCCUAACCCACAGGAGCCUAUUGUCUCCAGUGUUCCUGGCCCGCAAGCAUUCUGUCUCCCUGCUGGUACCCAGAAUCAUACUCCUGGGGAUGAAAAACGUCUGACUCUUGGUCAUAGCAAGCUGGAUCUCAUCACAAAAUAUAACAAGUCCAAGUUCAGACUAAUCCGAAGCCGCUUUGAAACCUAAGACCCCUUCGCCUGCUCCUCAGGCCCAGGUUCUACAGGAAACCUCUGUAGCUGGUCCCAGUUUAUUGCUGGCCUGACCUGUCACAGGCCCAAGGGUUAGAACCAGAGACAAGUGUCACCAGAGGCCAAGGUUACUAAUCCCAUCUGACCCCUAAUGUCCCAGAUAUCCAACCUCUUCACCUAAAAUUCCAGCCUACUGAUCCCAACCCCACUAACCACAGCCUCAUUUCUGACCUACUGACCCUGGCCCCUCCCCCCCAUCUCCACCCCACUAUGGACUGUACUUAUCCACUGAUAUCCAGUAUCACUGAAUCCUGCCCCACUGACUUCCAACCAUAGCAACCCUCAUUUUUGACCCCAACACACACAGGUCAACCAGUAUUUAUUGAUCCCUUAUUUUGUGCUUAUGAACCCUAUUCCAGGUGUUGGGGGUGGGGAGAACAGGGUUGUGGCUAGGAUUAUCCUAAAGUAAUGAGUUUAUCAUGUCAUUAAUGAGGUCCUAUUUGAACAAGACUUCAUUACCUUCCGAGGUCCCUGACCCCGGAGCAGGUGAGGGCACCUAUUCUGUGGGGUGGAGUCCAGAAAGUAAAUUGCCAGACUGCCACGCCUGGCUUCUGGGGUUUGCUACUAGAAGUUAGAAGGGAGAGAUCAGGAAAGGGAAAGAAGAGGACUGACUAGAAGACUCCUCCCAGAUAGGGGGAGGUACUCCAAGGCAAGGAGGACUCAGUCGACCUGACAAACACGUGAAUGCAUGCAAACCCCUUUCCCCCAGGGUCCACAGGACAGCUCUUUCCCUGGGACAUAUGGGUGUCCAGUCACAGUGGGAAAUUAACACAAAUAAACU